AUGAACACGAGUGUGCAGAAUUCUCAGUUUAUGAACAAAGCCCAACGUAUAGCUUUGGAUGAUAUCUUUAGGAGUAGAUCGGAGUUGGAACGAAGUCUUCGUAGGACGAAGAUUAUAUGUACGAUGGGGCCGGCCUGUUGGGACGUGGAAACGUUAGUGAAGAUGAUUGAUGCGGGGAUGGAUGUAUGUCGAUUGAAUUUUUCGCAUGGGGAUCACGAGACCCACGGGGAAUGUUUGAAGCGCGUUCGAGAGGCUAUGAAGCAACGUCCAGAGAAGAAGUUGGGUUUGCUGUUGGAUACUAAGGGUCCGGAGAUCCGUACUGGUAUGUUUAAGGAGGGUGUGAAGGCUAUUGAGUUGAAGAAGGGUCAGCAGUUGAAGAUCGUAACGGACUACAAUUUUUUAGGUGAUGAGAAUUGUAUUGCUUGUACAUACCCCAAGCUACCUCAGACUGUGAAGCCGGGAAGUCAAAUUUUGAUUGCAGAUGGGUCUUUGUCUGUAAAGGUUAUGGAUGUACAAGAUGACCACGUUAUAACCGAGGUGAUGAACAAUGCCAAGAUUGGAGAACGGAAAAAUAUGAAUCUACCUGGCGCCAAGGUAGAUCUACCUGUUUGCGGGGAGAGAGAGAUCAACGAUUUCCUAGCCUUCGGUAUUCCUAACAGGAUGCAUUUCAUUGCUGCAUCAUUUGUUCAGUGUGCACAGGACAUUCGAGAUAUUCGCAAAAUUCUCGGAGACGCUGGGAGACAUUUUAAGAUAUUACCCAAGAUAGAGAACCAGGAAGGUCUGAUUCAUUUUGAUGAGAUACUCGCUGAGGCUGAUGGUGUAAUGAUAGCUCGCGGUGAUAUGGGCAUGGAGAUUCCCCUGGAGAAGGUUUUUCUAGCACAGAAGAUGAUUAUUUCUAAGUGCAAUUUGGUGGGGAAGCCUGUGAUUGUAGCUACACAGAUGCUAGAGUCCAUGAUAAAUGCACCCCGUCCGACACGGGCGGAGGUGUCUGAUGUUGCUAAUGCGGUGUUGGACGGGUGUGAUUGUGUUAUGCUCUCAGGAGAGUCAGCAAAUGGGGCCUUCCCAGUGAAUGCAGUCCAAAUGCUAUCACGCACAUGUCUAGAAGCGGAGUCCUGCUUGGACUACCCAUCUCUCUACAAAGCCAUACACAGUUCUGUUACUCUAACCGGCUCUCUCAGUGUGCCUGAAGCGGUUUGCUGCUCUGCUGUGGAAUCUGCCGAAGACGUGAACGCCUCUUGUAUCAUCGCACUAACAGAAACCGGCCUCACCGCCAGGCUUCUUGCCAAGUACAAACCACCCCAAAUUAUACUAGCUGUAUCCGCCUCAGACAUUUCUAUCGCUCAGCUUUCCUUUGUCAGAGGAGUCAUUCCCAUCAAGGUAGACUCCUUCCAAGGUACAGACUCUAUCAUCAGAAAGGCUGUUGCCCAUGCAAAGGACAGAAAAUAUGCCAAACCUGGAGACUCCGUCGUAUGUGUUCACGGCAUUCUCGAAGAUGUAUCCGGACAUACCAAUCUCAUGAAGAUAGUCAAUAUACAGUAG